AGCCUUUGCAGCCAUCUUAAUUUCCAUAUAAAACAGAUUCCCAAGUACAUGAAAAAUUUGACCCACAAGUUCAAUCGAUUAUAGACUACUUUCGGGUACAAACUACUUCUGGGGAAAUCUAAUAUGGCUUCCAAAGUGAUCAUUAACAGUAUUGUUUUUACAAUAUUGGUCCUAAUGACCAUGCUUUGGGUUAGAUCAGUGGCUCAGCAGUCAGACUGCACCAAUGUGCUGAUUAGCAUGGCACCGUGCCUGAACUAUGUAAGUGGGAGUUCAUCAACACCAUCAUCUUCUUGCUGCUCCCAACUUGCCAAUGUUGUUCAGAAAGAGCCUCAAUGUCUUUGUGUGGCACUCAAUGGUGGUGGAGCAUCAUUGGGUAUCAAUAUCAACAAGACUCUUGCUCUUGCACUUCCUGGCGCUUGCAAUGUACGAACUCCACCAGUCAGUCGCUGCGAUGCAGCUAAUGGACCUGCAACUUCCGUUGGUUCCCCAGAAGGUUUACCAGGGAGCAAAACAGUUCCAGUGACUGGUGGAAGCUCUUCUUCCAUGGGAGUGUUCAUGAAGAUGCCACUACUACUUCAUUUUGUCCCACUUGUGGUGUUCAAUUACGUAGCAAUAUAUGCUUCUACUUAGUUCCAUCAUCAUCAUAAUCAUCAGCUUCUGAGAUUAAUUUCAUAGGGGGAUUUCUUGGGAGCUUGAUUUUACUAUGCACUACUAUUUCAAAUCAUCUUACUAUGUUUGACUUGUACCUGUUUAUCUACUCCAUCCACUGUUUGCGAGACAUAAUAUGUAAUAUGCAUGGGUUGCGUAAAAAUAAACUCAGUUUCUAUGUUCCUACUUGUUUAAUUAAUAUAUGGUCAUUAUAUGGUUUGA